CUAGUUGACAAACUCAUGCCAAAGUCACAAACUGAAAGAUUCACACAUUACAAUAAAAUUUUUAAGUGAAACUCCGGGCCAAAUUAAAAUGUUUGAUAAAUUAUUUAAUGAAACUGGUGUCACGUUUUAGUUUAUUUCGUACAGGCGAUAAAUUUUGGAUGCCGCCAUAUGGGGUCUGUGAACCAGCUGAAUUUUGACAAACAACAAUGACUGCCCCAGCCGUGGGUAUAGAUCUGGGUACCACCUACUCCUGCGUUGGGGUCUUCCAGAACAACAAGGUGGAAAUAAUCGCCAACGACCAGGGAAACAGAACUACACCAUCAUAUGUCGCCUUCAACGACACAGAGAGGUUGAUUGGAGAAGCCGCUAAAAAUCAGGUAGCAAUAAACCCCAAAAAUACGGUGUUCGACGCUAAAAGGUUAAUCGGACGGAAAUUUGAUGAUCCAAAUGUGCAACAAGAUAUUAAACAUUGGCCAUUCGAAGUUGUUUCCGAUGGUGGAAAGCCAAAAAUAAUAGUCGAAUACAAAGGGCAAAAGAAAAGGUUUUCACCAGAAGAGAUAUCAUCUAUGGUUUUGACAAAAAUGAAGGAGACUGCAGAGACUUAUCUCGGUGCGAAAGUCAAAGAUGCCGUUAUAACAGUACCUGCAUAUUUCAAUGAUUCCCAGCGACAAGCCACUAAAGACGCAGGCCAAAUUGCUUCGCUAAACGUCCUCAGAAUCAUCAAUGAACCAACUGCUGCUGCACUUGCUUACGGACUGGACAAAGACUUAAAAGGUGAUAAAAAUGUCCUCAUUUUUGAUCUUGGUGGUGGAACAUUUGAUGUAUCCGUAUUACAAAUCUCAGAAGGUUCAUUAUUUGAAGUAAGAUCAACAGCAGGAGAUACACAUUUGGGAGGAGAAGAUUUUGACAGUAGAAUGGUAGAUCAUUUUGCACAAGAAUUUGAAAGGAAAUUCAAGAAAAACAUUAAAGAUAAUCCAAAAGCACUAAGGCGACUGCGAACAGCUUGUGAAAGAGCAAAGAGAACCCUUUCCUCUAGUACAGAAGCUAGUUUAGAAAUUGAUGCAUUGCAUGAAGGGGUGGACUUUUAUUCUAAAAUCACAAGAGCGCGUUUUGAGGAACUGUGCUCUGAUUUAUUCAGACAAACUCUAGCACCUGUAGAGAAAGCUUUGAAAGAUGCUGCGCUCCAUACAAGAGAAAUACAUGAUGUAGUCAUGGUAGGUGGUUCUACUCGUAUACCGAAAAUCCAACGACUUUUGCAGGACUUCUUUAGCGGAAAAACUCUAAACCUUUCAAUCAAUCCUGAUGAGGCUGUGGCUUAUGGGGCUGCAGUGCAGGCAGCUAUUCUGUCUGGUUCUAAAGACACGAGACUGCAAGAUGUGUUAUUAGUUGACGUCGCUCCGCUAUCCCUCGGGAUAGAAACUGCUGGAGGUGUGAUGACGAAAAUAGUGGAUCGAAAUACUAGGAUUCCAACAGCACAAAAACAAACUUUCACCACGUAUGCAGAUAAUCAGCCGGCUGUUACUAUUCAGGUGUAUGAAGGUGAAAGAGCUCUUACAAGAGAUAACAACCUUCUCGGGACAUUCAAUCUCACUGGCAUUCCACCAGCUCCUAGGGGUGUACCACAAAUUGAGGUGACCUUUGACGUUGACGCCAAUGGAAUCCUCAACGUCAAUGCUGAAGAUAGAAGUACUGGUCGAUCAGAACGUAUAACAAUAUCCAACGACAAAGGUAGACUGACCAAGAAGGACAUUGAGAAGAUGCUACACGACGCUGAGAAAUUCAAAGCAGAGGAUGAUGCUGUAAGGAAGAAAGUGGAGCUAAGAAACCAACUGGAGAGUUACGCGUAUGGAUGUAAAACGGCAGUGGAAAACGCAAGUAGCAGAAUAACUGACAGCGAACGAAAUGCAGUGCUGAAAGAAUGCGGUGAUCAACUUCACUGGCUCGAAAAUAAUCCUGAGGCGUCCAGGGCUGACUUGGAAAAGCAUUUGAAGGAUGCGCAGAAGGUCUGCCAGCCAACUAUGAUGAAGCUUCAUGGGUCAGUGGGAGGUGGUGGGCCCAGUUGCGCCCGCCCCCAGAGCCCAGGCGGGCCAAGGGUUGAAGAAAUCGAUUAAACAUUAAUUUAUUCAGAUGUAUUCGAGAGAACAUAUUCUGUUCUUCAUCAUUAUAAGCCACAGUUCAAUGUAUUUCGUAGAAACACAUUAAACGUGAAAUGAUAGGAGCUAAAACUGACAGUCCACAUAAGCAUGUACUGUGGACCACAGAAUAAAGUACAUCACUUACAUAAGGCACUUUGUUUUACUUUUCUAUAUGCCCACUGUACGCUGGCUAGGUUAUACAAAAUAAAGUUUUAUAAAAACAAUAAGAUAUGAUGAAAUUAAUUUAUUACAAAAAUAGAACAAUGUCACAGCAUAUGUGUCAACUUACAAGCAUGUGUGUGUUAUCUUUUAUAUCAUCAUAAUAAUAUAAAAGUAUGAAUAGUAUAGGACUUCAUACAAUCCUUCAUUAAAUAGUAAUCAAUUGCUACAAUGCGACUGUAAUGCGAUUUCUAUUUGUUUAUGAAAAGAUAAAAAUCCUGUUUUAAUUCCCGUCUGCAUACAACUUUACUCCGAUCUUAAAUUUAUUGUCUCGUUCGAGCAAUAAUAACUCCAGUGGCGCCCUCGUUUACAAUUAUCAUUUAAUUUUAACCUU